GCUGCUAUUACUGCAUAUCAUUGGGUGACACCAGAUAGGUCAUGUGAUCAUGGCAUACUGGUACCCAUGGUGGAAGUGUCAGUGUGUCAUUGUUCUGGGACCCCCAAGUGUCAGUGUGUCAUUGUUCUGGGACCCCAAGUGUCAGGGUGUCAUUGUUCUGAGACCCCCAAGUGUCAGUGUGUCAUUGUCUUGAGACCCCCAAAUGUCGAUGUGUCAUUGUUCUGGGACCCCCAAGUGUCAGUGUGUCAUUGUUCUGGGGACCCCCAAGUGUCAGUGUUUUAUUGUUUUGGGACCCCCAAGUGUCAGUGUGUCAUUAUUCAGGACCCCCAAGUGUCAGGGUGUCAUUGUUGUGGGACCCCCAAAUGUCAGUGUGUCAUUGUCCUGAGACCCCCAAGUGUCAGUGUGUCAUUGUCCUGAGACCCCAAGUGUCAGGGUGUCAUUG